AAGAUAACUAAUAUUUCAUCAUACACCGAGGCUAGUUGUUUGAUACGAAUUAAUUUGUUUUUAGUUUAAGUCGUGACUCUGUCUGGUGUGUUGGUCUGUUCGAACUAACAGCAUAAUGAAUUCGUUAACUCCAUUGCACGCAUUAGCAUCGAAUGCAAACGAUGCUAAUUCCGUCGUAAAAAUUAUCGUUUGUGGUGGUGGAUUAGGCGGUCUAACAUUUGCGCGCUCGUUGUUCUUCCUACGUGAUGCUCAGGUGUCAGCUGGUCAAUCAUUGCCCGAAAUUUCAAUUACAAUAUUAGAGCGCGAUGCGAGCAGUGUCGAAAGAGAAGCUCAAGGCUACUCUCUAUCUCUUCGUGCUGAUAAAAUCGGUGGUGGAAUACAGGCAUUGGAACGCAUCGGUUUACUCGAUGACAUUAGGAAAGGAGCUGCACCAGGACAUCGAUUUGUAAUGGCCAACAAACAGUUUGUUCCAUAUUUAGAAAUACCUCCGGGUAGUACGGUGCCAUCAAAUGAUCCCAACAAAUCACCACUUCCAAUCAAUAUUCGCGUGGCUCGGAAAUUUUUAAGAAAUACUCUACUCGAUUCGCUGCCAGCAGACAGGUGUACAGUUCAAUGGGGAGCUCAUGCAAUCGAGGCAAACGUUUUUUCGAAUGAAAAUGGAAAAGAACAAGUUAGUGUAACUCUAGCCAGUGGCGAGGUGCUCGAAAGUGAUCUGUUGAUUGUUGCUGACGGUGCAAACAGUUCGAUUCGUCGCUAUUUAUUUCCACAUGAACGACUUGAGUUUGCAGGCUGUGUAGCCUAUAUUGCAUCAACAGUUCAUCCAGAUGGUCUUCCGAAACCUUUUGCCGAUGGAGUGGUUUUCGGUAUGAGUGGUGAAGGACAUGCAGUCUUAGUAGCACCAGUUGAUGAGACAAAAAUGUCGUUCAGUGUGAGCUAUAGAAGCGAGAAGAAAAUCGAGAAUGAAUUUCGAGGUGAUAGGAAGCCACUGACUGAUGAAGAAUUGGAACAUUUCCGAACCGUAGCACUCAAACAUACACAAGGGUAUGGAUAUCAAUCAGAAUUGAAGUCAUUUAUAGCGAACGCAGAUCCAAAAACUAUUCGCGUCAUCAAUGCUCAAGAUAUGAAACCACACACUAAUAGUACAACAAAUCCACAAAUCAUUUUAAUUGGUGAUGCAGCACAUGCAGUCAGUCCUUUUGCGGGAAACGGUGCCAAUAUGGCAAUAAUGGAUGGAUUUGAACUUGCCGAGCAAUUGUUGAGCGUAAAACAUGGCAAAGAUUUAGUGGCUGCCGUGAAAAUGUACGACAAACAUUCCAUUGCGCGUUGUAAUCGAACGAGAGGCAUGAGCCACUUCAAUAUUUCAGUCUUACAUUCCAAGGGAUUGAACCACAGGUGCAUGAUAACAUUAUUCAAAUUGCUUGGAAACUUCCUGGUCCGUCCCAAAACUUCCAUCGCUGUUGCGUGUACUGUCGUUUUGGUGCCAGUUGGUCUUAUCACUGGACUUGUUUUGUGGAAUAACAAUAAAUAAGAAAAAAACUUCGAUU